AUGAUCAUUGAAUUACGUCGUUUGGGUGUUAGUCUGUUAUGCUUAGCAGUGGGUCUGAGUAUUGCAUCGUUGGUAACAAGUCUUUGGGAUUGUGGAAAUUUAUUCUCAGGAUGUCAGAAUACUGUUCAUAAGGAGACUGUAUCAGCUGUUGCUGGCUUAAUCAUUUUAGGCACUGUAUGCCUAUUAAUCAUCAUCCUAUUGGAUGCGAUUGCACUGUGUUCAGAUGUAUUCGCCUCACGUGCUGCUUAUACAACUGUACGUUUCAUCAUAUUAUACUUGGGUGCUGCAGCUCUCUUGAUUGGCAUACUAGUGUACACAUCAUUAGUCGGACAUCAUUGGUCAUACUUCUUCGCAGUGACUGGAGCUGUACUAGCAACACAAGUGGCUAUAUUGGCAAUCAUGUCGUCAAAAUGUGUUACCGUUCGAACCACUACAACAACGAGAACAAUUCGAGAAAGUCGUCUGGCACAUCGGUAAACCAAUUACCAAUUCGUUUAUUUUGCUUUGAAACAUUCAACCAAUUUCCCACAUUUUAUCCUUUCUCUCAUUCAUGAUCAUUCUAUUUCUCUUGUGACUAAUUUAGCUUAAGCAAUAACAUCUAUUGUAUUGUAUUGUAUUGUAUUGUAUUGUAUAUUUGACAGUAUUCAAUGUGCAUGUUGUGUUGUUACAUGUCCAAUGAUUGCCUUACUGUGUGUUUUUCUAAUUUAAAUAUCAUAUUGAUAUAUAAACAUUGUAAUCGACAAGAUCACUGAAACGAAGUUUUAUUGGGCAUUCAGUGUACGAUUAAAAUGAAUCUGCCACUUCUUCACCAGGAUAUUAUCGAGUUUGCAAUAUGAAUAUUCAUAGAUAGUUAGAAGCUGUAAUGGUAAAUAAAUCCUCGAAAUCAAUAGAUCUGUAAGUUUUCAAUAUUUGGAUGCUGACCAUGUUAGUUUUAAUGAACUUAUUUAGAUGAAAACGCUUGAUUAUGCAUCUGUAUCAGAUUGCGAGUGGGAACACCGUGAUCAACAUCCUCUGUAAUUGCUAACCAGUCUAGAUCAGUCAAUUCUAUUGAAUAUAUCUUUGAACCUACUCGCUUCUGACUUUUUAAUUCACUAGGUGGGUACUAUUUAUAGUAGAAGGUGCCACUGGUUAAAGCGUUGUCAAACAUGUUACUUACGUACUUACGCCUGUUACCCCCAAUGGAGCAUAGGACGCCGACCAGCAUUCUCCAACUCACUCUGUCCUCGACCUUCCUUUCCAGUUCUAUCCUAUUUUUGUUCAUUCCUCUCAUGUCUGUCUCUAUUCCUCAGUGUAAUGUAUUCUUUGGUCUCGAGAAUUCCAUGUGAGGGCUUGCCUUGUGACAUUUGGGUGCUUUCCUCAAUGUGUGUCCUAGCCUCUUACAGCACUUCUUCCUGAUUUCUUUCUCCGGUGAGAUCUGGUUUAUUCUCUCCCAUAGUAAAUUGUUGCCAAUAGUGUCUGACCAAUGGAUUCGAAGUAUUUUGCGUAGACAGCUGUUAAUAAACACCUGUAUUUUCUGAUGAUGGCUUUCGUAGUUCUCCAGGUUUCCGCCCCAUACAGUAGAACUGUCUAGACAUUUGUAUUGAAAAUUCCGACUCUGGUGUUGGUUAACAUUUGUUUUGAGUUCCAGAUGUUCUCCAGUUGCAAAUUUGCUGCUCUUGCUUUGCCGAUCCUCUCCGAGUUCCAAAUACCUGUAGCAUCUUCAGCUGUUUAGGUAUUAGAGUGUAGUGGUUUUGUUUCGUUAAUUAAUCACCUCAAUAAUCGUUUUAAUAUAAACCUCAACGGUGAUUAAAAUUAGAAGGUAAUGAGAAACGACAACUACAGUUUUCUUAGCUCAUAGUGCAGAUCAUCAAGCUAUAAGCACAUCAAACCUAUUUGAAACCGAGAGGCGAAUAAGUAUAUGUGAGCAAUUAUAUAGACAAAUUUAUAGUCAAAUUGCAUAAUGGCGCAGCAAGGUAAAGCAAGGGACGAAUAAUAGGAUUUGAGUACAUA